AUGGCUGACGGCGAUGACCACGCAGCCAGCUCCCAAACAUCGGCCCCCGCCAUCCCACAGUUCACCAUCAGGGACCUCCACGAGUGGCUGGAUAGCGUGCUUAAUGAAAGCACCAUGGGGACAGUCUACUCCCUCGAGGGCUAUCCAAACCUCGCCGUGAAGGAGAUCCUCCUCGACGGCCUGGGCAAGAGCAACGUGGACGCUAUCAAGCUUGAGCUGGCCACCCUCCCCGACCUCUCCCAUCCAGGGGUUCUCAGGCACCAUCAAGUAGUCGAAGACGAAAGCUUCAUUUACAUCGUCAUGAAUCGCCACGACAAGACCCUUGAGCAAGUGUUUAUCGACUGCAAGCGGAGGAAGAUCCCCGUGUCUGCCGGCGUGGUCCUCUCCAUUCUGAGACAGCUCUCCGCCGCCCUCGCCUACCUCCAUGGCCUCAGUGGGGCAAACACUAAAGGCCUCGUCCACCGCGACCUCAGGCCUGCCAAUAUAUUUAUCAGCGCAGACGGAGAGCGCUUCAUCAUUGCUGACUUCGGCCUCUGCAAGGACGCCCUGAGAUGCGGGAGCACCAUUGCAGGCACGGCAGUAUACAUGGCCCCCGAGGCGCUCCUCCGUAAUGAGGCCAGCCCCGCCUCCGACGUGUGGAGCCUCGGGGUCAUCAUUUAUGAACUAGUAACUCUGAGGAGGCCGGACUUCUUGGGGGGCAAGGAGCCGGCAGAGGUCUUCAUCGAUGGGUGGAGGCCCGAUCUGAGCGGUGUCACUGAUGGCUUCAUGCAGAAUGUUCUGGAGAGGAUAUUCGUGCUGGAGCCAGAGAGGAGGCCGACGGCCAGGGAGCUGUGCAAGAUGCUCACUGCGGCUGACAUCCCAAUUGGUGAGCUGGGGCAUCGGUAUGUGGCACUAGAAGACAAAUGCAGCGCCUUGGAGGCUGCUUUGAACAGUGCUAAUGCUAAUAUCGUGCUUCUGAAGGACGAGCUCAAGGUCGAGUCGGAUAAGGUCACUGCUCUUGAGGCAGCCCUCGACGCCAGGUCUGCUGAGAUUGCCUCUCUAAAGGGCGCUCUUGAGAGCAGACCAAGUGAGGUCGACGCCCUGGGACAGGAGCCCCGACUUAAGACCACCGGGAUUGACGCUCUUGAAGAUCAGUGCAAGGAGUAUUCAGCCAUGAUUAAGGCACUAGAGAAUAGAUUCACAGAAGUUAGUGGUGGGAUGAACACGAGUAGCCCCCAGAGCAACCUCUCCACGCUGCCUAGACUGAUACGAGCUGCAUACACGAAUGACACAGAGACCGUCCGGGUGCUAAUUGAAGAGGGAGUCACCGGCCAGCGCGACGAGCAGGGGAUGACAGCCCUCAUGCACGCGGCCCAGCAGGGGCACAUUGGUCCUGUCAGGCUGCUUGUUAAGAAGGAAAAGGGUAUCAAAGAUAAAAACGGCUGGACCGCGCUCAUGCACGCCGCACAUAACGGCCACCCUGAGGCAUCUAGGAUCCUCACCCCUCACGAGCAUGGGCUUCAAGACUUACAUGGCCAUACAGCUCUGAUGAUCGUCGCACAGCAGAGAAAUCUUGAAAUGGCCAAGAUCCUCCUUGGUCGUGAAAAGGGGAUGAAGGACAAGGACGGUAAUACAGCCUUCAUGCACGCCCUCAUGAAUAAGCACACAGGCAUAGCUCUGCUUCUUCGCAAGCAUGAGGCACCCUCGUGGACCCCGCUCAUGUGCGCGGCCUUCACUGGAAAUGUUACCAUGGCGAGGAGGCACCUCCAUGAGAGAGACGUGAAGAACAGCGACGGCGAGACUGCGCUGACCAUAGCCGCGAGGGCGGGGCACAAGGACAUCGUGGAGCUCCUCGACCCCACAGAUGAGAAUGGCGUCACUGCCCUCAUGCGAGCUGUUGACAGAAAUGAUGUAGAUACUGUGAAGGCCCUCCUUCCCCUCCAGGGGGGACAGAAGGCGACGGGGGAUGUCGAGAUAGGCAAGCUGACUAUGUACGGUGGAACGGCGCUGAUGAGGGCAGUAGCACAUGGCUACGCAGAGAUAAUGGAGAUGCUUGUGGAGAAGGAGGGGGGCAUGAGAGAUAGGAAUGGUAAGACGGCCCUUAUGAUAGCAGCAGAGAAAGGCCACCCAGAGUGCAUUAAGCUACUGGUGAGAAACGUCCGUGAGCGUAAUUCCUUGAGCUGGACAAGUCUUAUGUAUGCUGCUUGCAUUGAGGAUGCUGAUGCAGUUAGGAGUAGCCUUCAGGAAGCGGGGGUAAAGGAUAGUGAUGGAUGUACGGCUCUCGUGUGGGCUGCAAGAACUGGUCACACAGAAUGUGUCAAGCUACUCUUAGAGAAGGAGGGCGGGAUGCAGACAAGUUAUGGUUCAACAGCCCUCAUGAGUGCAGCAGAGGAAGGCCAUGCAGGGGCAGUGGAGGUACUCCUGGAAAAAGAGGGACGCAUGAAGGAUAGUGAUGGACAGACAGCCCUUAUGUAUGCAGCACAGAACGGCCACUCAAAAUGUGUUAGACUACUAGUAAAGAAGGAGGGAGGCGUGCAGGAUAUUUUUGGACGGACCGCCCUCAUGAGUGCAGCAGAGGAAGGCCAUACAGACUGCCUUGCGCUUUUGCUAGAGAAGGAGGGAGGUAUGAGAGAUGACAAUGGCAAGACCGCCCUCAUGCUUGCAGCAAGGUAUGGUAGCACAGACUGUUUUAAGCUCCUACUAGAAAAGGAAGGAGGUAUGAAAAGUAACAAUGGACAGACAGCUCUUAUGGCUGCAGCAAAGGAAGGUCACUCUGCCCACAUCGCGCUGCUCUUGGAGAAGGAGGGGGGCAUGCAGGAUAGUGACGGAUGGACCGCCCUCAUGUGGGCAGUCUCCUGCAGACAGAUAGAGUGCGCGAGACUCCUCGCAGAGAAGGAGAAGAACGUAAACAGGAGGAAGCUCUUGGGGAUAGUCAAAAGGAGAGGCAAUAGCAAGAUGAUGGCCCUCCUCUCAGAGUAG